GGGGGGGGGGCGUAAGGUUUCGAUUUAGAGACGGUCAAUUUUCUCGAAACAAAGGACUUGGAUAUCUCCAUCAUCUUGCGUGUUUGUGUGUGUGUGUGUGUGUGUGUAUGUGCAUGCGCGCACCUUUAGUCCCACUGAUAACUAUUCACCGCAGUGCUCCGUGUUUUGUAGUACAUUGUAUGUGUCUGUGUUUUCUUUCUAUGUUGAACUUGUGCAGAAAUUGCUGCAAGCUGAAUUAUUGGACUCAAUGGAAUUUACUAUAAAACUUGUUGGGGUGCUGGAAAAAGAGUUUGAUUAGUAUUCUUUAUAAUGCAGUUUGCUGUCUAAAAUCUGUGCGUCUUCAAACAUGGAGUUUUUCAGCCCGUUUUAUAGCAGUAUAGAAAGUGACAGCAGUAGAGAGUUAGAUUGUGUUACAUGCUAUGUGUCAGUGUUUGAAAUGGGUAAACAAAGAGAUUGUAGCAGCUCGUGUAAGCGGGUCACGGUUAGGGGGAUGGCAUUUCCUUUCGGAGGAAAAACAAAGGGCUGUAUCUCUGUUCAGUAAUGCAAAGCUCAAGGGCAAAAGUAGCCGCGCAGUCUGAAUUGGGCACAUUGCUCUGCCAGUGAUGUUAAUAUCGGAAAGCGGAGGGGAAUAUAUCCUGUUUAUAAUGCAAGGCAAAAGGCGAACCUGGCUGCGGCUGAAUUAACAUGCAAGGGGAGUGAAAUGUGGAAUGGGCGCCUGUUGGAGUAACAGGGGUUUAAAAAAAAAAAAAAAGAGGGAACCGGUGCUGCAUUCUCGUUCCUAAUGCUAAGGUCUGCUAGUGAUUUAGAAGGCCGUGUAACCUGAAUUAGUUGAUGAAUUUUCUAUCGAUCCUAAACAAGCCAGAUUUAUCUCUGACACUGUGCUGCUGCUGGGUGGCGGCGCAGCAGCCGGCCAGGCCACUCACCCACUCCCCGUUAUUAGCGAUUUAAAAAAGAAGAGAGAAAAAAAGAAAAGGCUUUGGCAAGCACGUCCCUACACACACACACCCCUGCAUAUAUACACAGAGGGUGGUGCAGGCGCCACUUUAAAUCCCCCCAAGCACUUUCUUUCUGCUGCUUCUUUUUUCUGUUUGCUUUAUUUUUUUCUUUUUGAAGUUCCAGCCAGCCGCGAAACAGGGGGAAAGGGUUCGUCUGCAAUAAGGGAGGACUUAUCAUCUGAACUGUACUCUGUUGCUCGUGUGUGUCCUUGCGCGCGCGUUCCUCAGUGCGGCUUCAGCUCGAGCGGACUGUAGGCUACUUCGUGCGUGUUAGACGCGCUUUGUUAUUGUUGUGAUUCUUUGGCUGCUUAGGACGGCGUGCGUGCCGACAUGUGGUGGAGAGAUACAUAGAGAGCGAACGGGGCCCGGGGAGGGAGAGGAGGACGUAUUGUAACACUGUGAAUGCCCACAAACUGAGGCCAUAUGAUGAUGCGCGUGCGGGGUCCGUGUAUAUGCUUAAUCCCAUUUCCUUAUCCGGGGUUCGUCCAGGAGGCGCGCCAUUGGCCGGCUGCCGUCACGUGGCUUCUUAACUUUGUUCACUUGACAGAAAAGUAGGAGGGUUCAACGGAACAGGAAUAACCGAAGAGUAAAGGGAUGAGAUAUAAAUUUUAGUUAUAUAUUUUCCGAGUAGGUGCAAUUCCACAAAAAGACUGAAAUUAAUGGCCAUGAGCUCCUAUUUGAUCAACUCCAACUAUGUGGACCCGAAGUUCCCACCGUGCGAGGAAUACUCACAGAGCGACUAUCUGCCCAGCCACUCUCCGGACUAUUACAGCGCCCAGAGGCAGGAGCCUGCUGCCUUUCAGCCGGACUCUCUCUACCACCACCAUCAACACCACCCACAACACCAGAACCACCACCAGCAGCGAGGCGAGCCGCCGUACACGCCGUGCCAGCGUCCAGGGCAGCCAGCCUCGGUGGUGAUGUCCCCUCGGGGUCACGUCCUCCCCCCGACCGGGCUGCAGACUCCCCCCGUCCCGGAGCUGAGCCACCGCUGCGACUCAGUGACACCCAGCCCGCCUCCGCCUGCGUCUUGCGGCCAAAGCACUUCGUCCCCCACGAGCACUCGUAAGGACCCCGUAGUCUAUCCGUGGAUGAAGAAAGUCCAUGUAAACAUCGUGAGUUCAAACUACACAGGUGGCGAGCCGAAGCGCUCGCGGACGGCCUACACGCGCCAGCAGGUCCUGGAGCUAGAGAAGGAGUUCCACUACAACCGGUACCUGACGCGCAGGCGCAGGGUGGAGAUCGCGCACACGCUGUGCCUGUCAGAGCGGCAGAUCAAGAUCUGGUUCCAGAACCGGAGGAUGAAGUGGAAGAAGGACCACAAGCUGCCUAACACCAAGGUCCGCUCCGGGACAAACAACAGCACAAACUCCCAGGCUCUAACCGGCUCCCAGAACCGCACCGGGCCCCUAUAGCCCGGUUAUUUGGCUCUUUGUCUGAUUUUUGCCCUCCCUGGUUCCCAAACUGAACGCCAAAGCGGCAGCCACGCUUGUAACCACCGGAGCCUGCACUUUGGACCGGAAUAACGCCUUUACUCUGGAGGGAGGGAGGGAGCGAUGCUAUUGCCGCCUGUUCGGUCCUGAUGCUGUGCUGAUGUUACACACUAAUAUGACGUGAUGACGUGGGAGGUGGUGAAGGGGGAGAUUUCCCAUUCAUAAAAAAUGAAAAGAACAAAAGUAGGCAAAGGAGACUGAACGAACUGAGAAAAUGAUGCGGCCACUUUUUUGCUUUUGUCCCCCAUGCAUUCUCUGCCCAUCUCCGUCUCUCCCUGCUUUUUAUAUUUCUGUGUUUUUAUACUCCUCUCUCGCUUCGUCUCUAUGACAGAGCAUAAGAUGGUAUAGGCUGAGGAUAAUGUGCCCGCGUGCGUGUGGUUUCUUUUUUUCCACCUGAGACUAGUUUUUUUUGUGUGCGUUGAAGAUGGAUCCUGGUUUUCAUCUUUAAUCAUGCCAAACUCGGGCCCCAUUUGUCAUUGUUUACUCUGCGGGUACAAAGCAAAGGGGUGAACCGCGGCUCUGCCCAUUACCCCUCGCGCCCCGCCCCCCCCCCACCCCCCCCCCGCACCCCUACCCAGACCGCUACCCCUCACCCUCCCACCCCAAUCACACACGCACGUGUAAUAAAUGGAACUCUCGUUCUGUCAAGAAAAGUAUUCGUACAACCCGCCACACACACACACACACACACACACACACACACACUCUCUCUCUAAACACAAACAAAAAACACACUUGCUCAUACCCUUCUGUCCAUCCUUACAGUACUUAACAUAAAAUAUAACCUCCGGUAUGAUCCAAAAAGGCACCAGGCAGUUUUCUGUCUUGCUGUUAUAAUAAUAAUAACUGUUGGUAUUUCUGUUUUGUUUAAUGACAAAAUAUAGCAUUUUACAUUUUAAUUAUUUUUGAUUUCAGUGUUGAUUGUAAAUUGCUGAGAAUGGCAAGGAGCGUCUAUGUGGUCCGUUGAUUGUUCAUGUUGUAAUGUUGUAUACAGGGAAGCAGACUGACAGGGUGAUACAAGUGAACUCAAGUUAAAGUUAAAUUAUGGCAUUUUCCACUCUACGUACCAAACAGGGUUUAUAAAGCUGCCUGAACAAACGACACUAAUAUUCAAACCAAAAUCCUGGUACAUAGCUCAAAAACACAUUAUAAACGCAGCACUAUACAAUGUACUACCUAUUACCUCAGUUGUACUUAUAUAUAUUUUUAUUUUUUUGGUCAUCAUAUUUUCUCUUGCUAGGUCAAUGAAGUGACAGCUUUUCAAGCUUUUAUAUUUUUGAAAUUGUUAUUAUAAUAAUAAUUAUUAGCCUACCUGCAAUACAAAAGGCGCUGUUCAUUUAAAUGUAUGUGGAAAUUAAAAAAAUGUAAUUUAAUUAUAAGCGAUUGUUAGCCAGAGACAUUCAGAAAAACAAGGAGCCUUUUAUUGCAUGUCGUAAUGGUGUUGAUUUAUUUUUCUAUGUCUUCCUCUCUGUCCCUCCUUUCUCCGCACAUUAAAUGCGCGCACAUUUCCUUUUCUCCUUCUCUCUCUCUGUUCUUUCCCCUUGUGCCACUUUUUAGAUAUUUUAUUCUGCAAGUGUUCUUUAAUUGUUGUUAUUUUAUUUGCAUUCCAAAGAUCAGUUCCUAUCGUUAUUGACGAUGAUGAUAAUAAUAACAAUGGUGGUAUUGGUGAACAUGUGUUACCUCCUCCGAUGUGUAAGUUGCUCAUUUCUCUGCUUAUGCCUCCUCAGUGUCUACCUUCCUAUUAUUUGUAAAUAGUUCAUAGAAAUUUAAAUAAAUGGCUAAAACGUUA